AUGAAUUACGCCACAACCGGUGAGGCACAGAGUCUCCUAUCCACCAUCCUCGAGGUCCAGCCGCGUACAGGCAGCACAGGAGUGGGCAAAACCAACGAUGAAAUCGUCUUUGAAAUGGCGGAUAACAUUCUCUCUCGCCUAAUGGAGAGCAUCGACUUGGAGGAAGCGAAGCCUGACUUGUUUGAUGAGGACGAACAAGGCCGAGUAGACUCGCUGACAACAGUACUCACACAGGAGUUGGAUCGCUAUAAUCGACUUCUCAGACUGAUCCGGGUGAGCUAG